ACUAAAGUUUGACCAUCCAUUUCUUUAAGUUCGCCGAUGGAUUUAACACGUGUGAAAGUUGCAAGUUUUUAAAUAAAAAACCCGAAGAUAUAAAUACUAUGGCUGAAAUUGAAACCAAAAGGGGAAGGAAAAAGAAACGGAUUAAAGAAGAGCCGAUCGAUGACGAUGAUGUGGGAACUUUGCAAAAGUCUGCUGAUUUUACUUUAAAACCGUCUGUGAAGGCAGCUAAAUUAGAUACAUCAAAAUGGCCGUUACUUUUAAAGAAUUUUGACAAACUCAACGUACGCACGAACCAUUAUACCCCAUUACCACAUGGUUCUUCUCCACUUAAUCGUGAUAUUAAAGAAUACAUUAAAUCUGGGUUUAUCAAUUUGGAUAAGCCUUCGAAUCCCAGCUCACACGAAGUGGUAGCAUGGAUUAAACGAAUUCUCAAAGUAGAUAAAACUGGACAUUCGGGUACUUUGGAUCCUAAAGUAACAGGUUGUUUAAUAGUUUGCAUUGAUCGCACCACGCGACUAGUUAAAUCACAACAAAGUGCUGGUAAAGAAUACGUAGCCAUUUUCAAAUUACAUUCUUCUGUUGAGUCAGUUUCGAAAGUACGUCAGGGCUUAGAGAAACUGCGCGGCGCCCUAUUUCAGCGCCCCCCAUUAAUAUCGGCAGUUAAACGGCAAUUGCGGGUGCGAACUGUAUACGAUAGUAAGCUGCUCGAUUAUGACGAGUCACGCAAUAUGGGCGUUUUUUGGGUUAGUUGCGAAGCCGGUUCUUACAUCCGCACAAUGUGUGUACAUUUGGGCCUGAUACUUGGGGUAGGUGGCCAGAUGUUGGAACUGCGCAGAGUCCGGUCAGGUAUUCAAACCGAACGUGAUAAUAUUGUUACGAUGCAUGAUGUUUUGGAUGCUAUGUACUUAUAUGAAAAUCAUAAGGAUGAGUCAAUGCUGAGACGCGUAAUCAGACCCUUGGAAGGCCUUCUAAUUAAUCACAAAAGAAUUAUCAUGAAAGAUAGUUCGAUCAAUGCCGUUUGUUAUGGUGCUAAAAUAAUGUUGCCUGGUGUGCUGCGUUACGAAGAUGGUAUUGAAAUUGAUCAGGAGAUUGUCAUUUGUACCACCAAGGGUGAGGCCAUUUGUUUAGCCAUAGCUCAAAUGACAACUGCAACGAUGGCUUCAUGUGACCAUGGCGUGGUGGCAAAGAUAAAACGUGUUAUUAUGGAAAGAGAUACGUACCCUCGUAAAUGGGGUCUAGGUCCUAAAGCAUCUGCUAAAAAAGCAUUGAUAGCUGCUGGAAAGUUGGACAAAUACGGUAGAGCUAAUGAAAAUACCCCCAAAGAGUGGCUGACAAGUUUCGUAGAUUAUAAUGCAAAGAAACAAGCUGCAGUUGUGGCUCCCCAAGCAGCUUGGGAAAUUCAUCAACAAGAAGAGACAAGAAAACGCAAAUUUAGCGUUUCUGGUCAGGAGAAUGUAACAACAGCCGCCACAAUUGCUGAUGAAAACUGUGAAAGAAAAAAGAAGAAACAUAAAGUCGACGAGGAGAAGGCCACAGAGCCUACUACAUCUGAAGCAGCUGACGAAAAUACAAAGAAAGAGAAGAAGAAAAAGAGGAAAAAAGAUAAAGACCGAGAACUAAAUGAAGUAGAAUAGAAUUUACGUAUAAGAACUUUCAUUUUAUAUACAUGCAAUGCAUUCUCUUAAAAGUUCAAUUGAUUUAUUUUAAAUAGCGUUAAUACAUACAGUUUUUUUCAACAAGGCGAAAAUUUUCUCUUAAAUAUUUCAAAACCCAUUCAAGCUACCCAGGCGUUCUGCAUGGCUAGCUAAACACACAAAGAGUCUCGACUAAUAACUGAAUGGUCUUGGGUUCAAAUCUCAAGCGCGUUGGAGUUUUUGAAUAAAGCCAAUAGCGUUCGAUGUUUGCUAGUGUUUUAUAACUUUAGUUCAGGAAUUUAUUUCUCUGGCUAAAUGAUUUACAGUAAUAAUGCAUUACAUGUGAAAUAGCUUGAAGAAGUGUGCUGCCUUAAAAAGCGAAAUUUCUCAAUACGAAAUUUUCGGGUUCCAAGUGGGCGAUGGAGAAAAAUUAAUAGGUGACCAUCUAAACUUUUGGAAAUUUUCUUGUAUUUCUUCUAUAAAAAGUAAGUAAAUGAUGACAAAUAAUCUUACUCUUAAUUGGAUUGAUUACGAUUCCUCUUCUUGAAUAACCCCUUACUUUUUUGUAAGUCUUAUAUAAAUUUAAAUUUAAUAUUAUAUAUAUCUUGAGAUUACAGACAAGGACUAUCUCAAAAUAUUAUUGGGUGUUUGCGUAUGCGCAUACGUCUGGUCUGUAUGUGCGAGCGUCUAUUUUAGGUGUGCAUGUAAGCGCACAAUGUUUUUUAUGUUUUAUGGUCUCGGGUUAAAUUGUAUUGUUGUUAUAUAUACGUAUCUGCUAUAAGUUUUUCUACACAGGUUUGUUGUGGCAACCGGCAAUUAAACAAAAAUUCUUUAGCACCAGCAACUUAAUGUUCAGAAGAGUCGCGAGUUGAUGUUUUACAAUUUCGCAUUUUAUUAUUAGUAAUAUAUCAAAAAUUUUCGAUAAAAUGCGUUUGGAUGGUGAUCUUUCGUACCCAGUUGAAAUACACGUUGAAUGCGACUAGUCUUACUAAUCAACCUCUUUUGGACAUACAAUUUUGGAGCAGAUAAAAAAAAUUGAGAUAUAACUAUCCAAAAAUUCUAUAUCCGGUGUAUUAUUUGAAGAUAAAUUUCUGAACCUACGAAAAAUUUUCGUUCGCUUCGGAAUAAAAUGUAAAUGAUACAGCCCCUGCUAACUGAAACUGGGAUUUGAAUGCAAUUGGUCUUACUGAACAGCUAAUGUGCUACUUAAAAUUUAUUAAAAAACUUUAUACAAAUCGGAAUUUAAUAGUGUAUAUGUUCUCUUCCAUUACAGACAAGACUAUUCCGAAAUAAUGUGCGGGAACUAAUAUUUUAAAG